AUGAACAACCUCGCACUUACAUCCAUUCUCACCGUCAUUUCUGCACUACUCUUCUUAGCCACUCAUUUGACUCACACCCCAACAAGAACCACACAAAAACACCUCCAUUACCAAAAACACAUACAAGUAGCCCAAUCCACGUGCCAAGGAACACUCUACCCCAACCUAUGUGUCUCAACCCUUGCCACAUUCCCAGAUCUCACCUCAAAAUCUGUCCCACAAGUGAUUUCUUCGGUGGUCAACCAUACCAUGUACGAGGUCAAAUCAUCGUCCUACAACUGCAGCGGCCUCAAAAAGAAGCUCAGAAAUCUCAACCCACUCGAUCGGAGAGCCCUAGACGACUGUCUCAAACUGUUCGAAGACACCAACGUGGAGCUCAAAACCACCAUCAACGAUCUCUCCAAGACCACCAUCGGGUCCAAGCGCCACCAUGACUUGCAGACUCUGCUCAGCGGAGCAAUGACCAACUUGUACACGUGCCUCGACGGCUUUGCGUACAGCAAAGGGCGCGUGAGAGACAGAAUCGAGAAGAAGCUGCUUGAGAUAUCACAUCACAUGAGCAACUCCUUGGCCAUGCUGAAGAAAGUUCCUCGAGUGAAGACAACAACAUCGAAAUCUGAGGUGUUCCCCGAAUAUGGAAAGAUGAAAAACGGUUUCCCCUCCUGGGUGUCGCCCAAAGACCGAAAGCUUCUCCAAGCGUCUGUGAAUGAAACCAAGUUCGAUCUCGUCGUUGCCAAAGAUGGCACUGGCAAUUUCACCACUAUAGGGGAAGCUCUCACUGUGGCUCCCAACUCCAGCACUACCAGGUUUGUGAUACACAUAAAGGCGGGGGCAUAUUUCGAGAACGUUGAAGUGAUCAGGAAGCAGACGAAUCUGAUGUUUGUUGGAGACGGCAUUGGGAAGACAGUAGUGAAAGCCAGUAGGAACGUUGUGGACGGGUGGACAACUUUUCAAUCAGCUACUGUUGCUGUUGUGGGAGAAGGAUUCAUAGCAAAGGGAAUAACUUUUGAAAACUCAGCAGGGCCAGACAAACACCAAGCUGUGGCCCUGAGAAGUGGUGCUGACUUCUCAGCUUUUUUCCAAUGCAGUUUUGUUGGCUACCAAGACACUCUUUACGUGCAUUCCCUACGCCAAUUCUAUCGUGAAUGUGACAUUUAUGGCACUGUAGACUUCAUUUUUGGCAAUGCAGCUGUGGUGUUCCAAAACUGUAACUUAUACGCACGCAAGCCAAACGAUAAUCAAAAGAACUUGUUCACUGCGCAAGGCAGAGAGGACCCUAACCAAAACACUGGCAUAUCCAUCUUGAACUGCAAGAUUGCAGCUGCUGCAGAUUUAAUCCCUGUCAAAUCCUCCUUCAAGAACUACCUAGGUCGUCCUUGGAAAAUGUACUCAAGAACUGUUUUUCUAAAAUCUUACAUGGAGGAUCUGAUUGACCCAGCAGGGUGGCUGGAAUGGAAUGGCACAUUUGCAUUGGACACACUGUAUUAUGGAGAGUACAUGAAUAGGGGUCCAGGUUCAAACACAAGUGGCAGAGUUACAUGGGCAGGUUACAGGGUCAUUAAUAGCUCCACUGAGGCAAGCCAAUUCACUGUUGGUCAAUUUAUUCAAGGCAAUGAAUGGUUGAACACCACUGGCAUUCCAUUUUUCUCUAGUUUGAGUUGA